AUGACAACGAUGUUUAUUCAACUGCGCCGUGUGGUGUACCUGUUGGUACUUCUGCAGUGCUGCGUGUGUGUGGCAUAUGCGGAGGAUGGUGUCAGAAAUUCUGCCGGAAGUUCAAGACUACAAACUAACAACAAUAUUAUGGAGAACUCUGCAGUAAAUAAAUCUGACACUGUAGCAAAGGGGGUGGCAUCAUUGGCAUCAGCGUUAUAUAAUUUUUCGAAAAGUUUGUUUGGUUCCCUCAUUUCUGCUAAAACACCUUCAGACGCGUCAAAAGAAAAGAACUGUACGUCCAAUGGCAGUUCCGUUGAAUGCACAAACACACAGGGAGUGACAUCAGUAAGAGAACAAACACAAAGGAAUAAUAAUGAUGAUAAGGGAGUAGACAAUGGAGUGUCAGAGCAGGAAACAACAGAUAAAGGUAAUGCCAACCAGAACAACCAAAACAGCAACAACGAUCUGACGUCGCCCGAAAAGGUUGAAGUUCCCAGUCGACCAAACGUCAAUCAAAGAGAGACGAAAGCAGAGAAUGAGAAAAGCCAACAAGGAGUGACGAACGAGAACACAAACGAGAAUUCCAAUGAAAGCAAAGAAACACUAAAUCCCCCAUCUGAUAGUGCCGGUUUGCCAUCUGGCUCUGUUUCUUCAGUUUCUGAUGUAAACGACAGCAGCAGCAGUCCUGCAUUGCUGCACGGUCCCUUACUGCUGCUUCUGCUGUGGGUGCUGGGCUGCACUCUCGUGUGCUGA